AGAUCAUCACAAAGAUCACGUACAGUCCGAAAACCACUGAACGGUGUUAAUCAUGAAGGUGUUCAUCGUGUUGUCUAUGGCUGUGGCCAUUGCUUCCUGUGCAGCAGUUGACGAAUCCUUGAAGAAAGAGAAACGUGGUCUCUGGGAACUGGGACACGAUCUUGAUAGCUUCGACAACGAUCAGCACGAUCAUCAUUUUGACCACCACGAAGUCAAGCAUUUGCACACAACCAUCACCAAGAAAGUUCCUGUCCCAUACCCAGUCGAGGUUGAGAAACAUGUGCCGGUUGAAGUGAAGGUCCCAUAUCCAGUUCACGUUGAGAAGAAGGUCCCAGUUGUGGUCGAGAAGAAAGUUCCAGUAUACGUGGAGAAGAAGGUUCCAGUCCACGUUGAUCGCCCGGUUCCAUACCCAGUUGAGGUUAAGGUUCCAGUCAUCAAGAAGGAAUACGUCGAAGUGCCGAAACCAUACGCAGUUCAUGUUGAGAAACCCGUUCCAGUGUACGUCCACAAGCCAGUGUUUGUUGAGAAACCUGUUCCGGUGACCGUCCACAUCAAGGAACACAAGAAGCACUGGGGACUGUUCUAA